AUGGCCGAGAUAAUCGGCACGACGGUCGGCGUCGUGGGCUUCCUCGGCCAGCUCUUCCACGGCUGCGUCAAGGCGUACGGGUACUUCACGGAGGCGACGCACAUGGACGGCGACAGCCAGAAGCUGCUGUGCAAGGUGCGCAUCGAGGAGAUGCGCCUCGUCGUCUGGGGCCGCGAGUGGGGGGUGGUCGAGGGCAACUUCGAGGCCCAUCUGGACCGGAGCGAGGGGAGCAACCCGCAGCUGAGGGCGCUGGCCAAGCAGAUCCUCGAGGAGCUGCACGGCACGGUGACGGACUUCAAGAAGCUCAAGGAGACGUACGGGCUCAUCGACGAGCCUGGGGAGCAGGGGAAGAUGAAGUCCAAGGGGGAUGCUAGGCCCUCGCCCAAGGACGAGAGUGCAAACCCGCUGAAAAGCGAAAAGAGCUGGAGACGGGAGCUCACAUUGAGGUCUAAAUGGGUGAUAGGUGACAAAAGCAAGUUCAUCACUCUCCUCAAUGAUCUCAAAGACUUCAACGAUGGGUUAGAGCGUCUCUUCCCCCCAUCCCAAGUGCAGUCUUUCCAACGAGCAUGGACUCACCAGCUGCUGGAAACCGCCCAGCGUGACCUCAACAAGCUCUCCCUCCUCGAGAACGCCUCGAGCGGCAUCUACCCACACCUCACCAACUCGGCCAACCUCAAGAAGCUACGCAUCAACCUCGACACCAAACCGCAAUCAUCCUUCAAGCCCACCUACCGCCUCAAGGUCCCCCGUCCAGCCCUAAGCUUCCCCGAGCAACCAAAGGACGACAAGGCCGACCAGACCGUCGGCCCCCAACGCUUCCAGGCCCAGCACGAGACCGCCGGCGACGUCGUCAUCGAGUGGGUCGACUACGACAAGGACGCCCUCGACGAGCGCCUCGCCCACCUCCGCCGCAUGGACGACCUCGCCCGCAUGAUGCACUCCGCCUCCUCCUGCCACCCGGACCUCCAGAGCGUCGACUGCCUCGGCUACACCGACGACGCCGACCGCAGCCGCUACGGCCUCGUCUACAAGGCCCCGGCCCCCUCCCACUCCCACCUGCACACCCUCAUCUCCAGCCCGGACCUCAAGACCCCGGAUCUCGACGACCGCGUCCGCCUCGCCUCCUCCCUCGCCGUCGCCCUCUGGUCCCUCCACUCCCUCGACUGGCUGCACAAGUCCCUCCGCUCCGACAACAUCCUCUUCUUCCCCUCCGCCUUCUCCGCCUCCGCCGUCUCCCCCACCGCGACCGCAGCUCUCGUCCCGGACAUCUCGAGACCGUUUCUGGUGGGAUUCGACGCCUCCCGCCCGGACCUCGACCCGGCCCUCUCCCUCGCGCCCAGGAGGGCCCCCUCCCCCGCCGCAAACCUCCACCGCCACCCUUCCUCCCUCCGAGGGCUCCCCUACUGCAAGGCCUUCGACGUCUACAGCCUCGGCCUGCUCCUCCUCGAGAUCGGCCUGUGGAAGUGCCUCCAGUCCUACCACAGGCCGCACUACUCCCCCGAGCGCUGGCGCGACAAGGUGGUCCUGCCCGUCCUUGUGCCGGGCUUGGGGAGCAAGGUGGGCAAGAGGUACAAGGAGGUCGUGGAGAUGUGCCUCGGGGCUGACGAGGGCAUGACGAGUAGUGAGGCUGGGAAGCUGAUGGAGUCUGUCGUGGCCAAGUUAGAAAGUAUCCGGCUAUAG